AUGACUCGCACAUUCUAUCCACCAAGCGACCCACACGACGACGACUCCAGUCAUCUACUUUCCGAAUCGCAGUCACAACGCCGCAAGCGCACUACGAAUGUUGGCGACGUCGGGACCACGCUGGGCCAAUCUAACAGCGCUGGGUGUCAUUACUGGAUGCCGUUUAUCAGUGUUAUGGCCAUCCUGGCUAUCUGCUGCUACGGUAUCCUCUACCUCCCGUCACACAGGACUCAGCUUCACGACGUUGCGGACAACGUGGAGUCAGCGAACAUAACCAAAACCAAGUCGUUCCUAUCAGUCUCCCCGCCCACUGUUUCUGCGGUUUCUUCUUCAGCUAACGACUCGGAAUCGGCGGGCCGCUACAUCACAGAUCUUCUUGACCGGCAGUCCCACACACUCGAACAAGCACAGUCGCGUUACAUGCUCAAAACAGGCAGAGAACCGCCCCCAAACUUUAACAAAUGGUUCGCGCUCGCGCAAGAGAACAAGUGUCUAAUCGACAACUAUGAUCGCAUUGACCGUGACUUCGAGCCCUUUUACCAACUCGCCAAGGAGCAUCCUCGUCGCUUUCGCCAGAUGCUUGACAAAGGCCAGAAUAUAAUGCUUAAAGACCCGCGGGGCAUGACAACCAUACGCAUCCGUGAGGGCAAAGUCGAGCUGCCUGACUAUACUGGGACCUCCUUCGACAAAGACCUGCAACAAAUAGUUCAACGGUUUUCCCACAUUCUUCCCAAUACGGAGUUCAUGCUCAACGGCCGCGAUGAGCCUCGGGUUGCUUUCAAUGUCGAGCGGCCUAAUGCUCAUGCUGAGGCCAUCUUGUUCAGGGAUCCAGACCCAUUUCGCAUCGCCCCAGUACCGACUGCCGAGUUUUUUCGGAAGCAGCCCGGCUGUUAUGUCUCCCAGCUCUCUGGAGGAUUCCUUGGUGACCCGAUCGAUCAAGUUGCUUUCUUUGCGUCAAGCUCUAGCUCUGACUUUACCGUCGAUCUUUGGCCCAUGCUCAGUAUGGCCAAGAUCUCCCCAUGCUUUUCUGACAUUCUCUUCCCUAGUGUUUAUUACUACGAUAGUUCGUGGUGGUCAGGCAAAUUCGCGUACCCCGAUAACGUUCAGUGGAAGAGCAAGAAACCCAUUGCUUACUGGCGUGGCAUGUCAAAUGGUGGCCACAUUUACGGCGAAAACUACCGUAGAUUUUCACGUUUCCGGCUCGUUGAGCUAUCGCGCGCGUAUCCAGACCUGAUUGAUGCGCGGCUGACGAGAUUCGCUGAGACUCAGUGCACGACAGAGGACUGCGAUCGGGACCAGAUUAUUGAGGAGUACAACAUCACCGGCGAUGCGCCAAGAGAGGACGUCUACCAGUAUAAAUACGCGCUGGAUGUCGACGGGAACUCGUUCAGCGGACGGUACCUUGGGUUAUUACGCAGCGGGUCGUUGGUCUUCAAGUCCACUGCCUUCGAAGAGUACUUCUCGGACUGGCUUCGGCCUUUUGUGCAUUUCAUACCCGUCCGACCCGAUUUGUCCGAUCUCGCAGCCAAGGUCGCCUGGGCCCGCACGAACGAUCAAGAGGCUCGUAGAAUACAACAGCGUGGGUGGGAGUUCGCGACGCAGGUCAUGACGGACAGGCAAAAUGACUGCUAUUUCGCGAGGGUGUUGUUGGAGUGGGCGAGGCUAGCGAAUGUGACGAACACAGUGGUAACGAGCAAUGUUGAGGGGCAGAACACUGGCAGCAAGAGCAGAACCAAAUUCGUCACUGCGUCGAAGGGGGCUUGA